AAAGAGUUGUCCCCAACAGAAGUGAGCUUUCUUUGGAGGGAAAAAGUGAGGUGGAAAGUGAAAAGCUGCCUGCUUUAGAUAAUGCCCUUGCUGGCCUUGGUUGGCUCACUCUUCCUCCUGCCAGGGUAUUUCUGUGAGCUGACUGGUCCUGAAACUGUGCGUGCAAUCCUGGGGACAUCUGCACAUGUGCACUGCACCUAUGAUCAAAAAUAUGAAGCAAACGUGAAAUAUUGGUGCAAAAAAACUAACAGAGACUGCCCCAUCGUUGUUCAGACGUCUGGGUCAGAGAAGCCAGUGAAAGUAGGCAGAGUCUCCAUUAGAGACAGCCAUGCAUUACGCCAGUUCACAGUUACAAUGGAGACCCUCACUGCCAGGGAUACUGGAACUUACAGUUGUGGGGUGAAUGUGAACAGAGGUCCAAACCUAUUGGCUCUUGUUAAUGUGACAGUAACUACUGGAAACUCAAACAGCCCUGAGCUAAGUGAGGACUUCUUUUCCAGCCUGGAUUCCAGCUCCAUCAGUUAUCUGAUAUAUGUGUCCUUCCUGGUUUCGAUUGGCUUGAAAAUGCCCAUCCUCCUGUGUCUGGUCUUGGCAAUGGGCUGGAUAUAUAGAAAGAAAAAGUGGUCAUCUGAUCAAGUGACAUCUGAGACACCAUCAUGAAAGCCUUAUUAAAAAAACUCUAUACUGUGUAUUCCAAACAAUGUAUCAAAAUCAAGACAAUGCAAGAACAAAAUGUCCUAGAUGGAUUCCCCUUUCACUCAGCUAGUUUUAUUUCCAUUCCAGAUCAAAAAGGAAUCGGAAGGAGGAGGAGGGAGGACUCCACAGUUGAAUGAUACCUUUAUUAAUUAUUGACUAUAAUGAACGUUGGACAGCUUAAGUAUCUCUUAUUCAAAAUGACUGGGACCAAAAGUGUUCUAUAUGUUUGAUGGGGGGGGGGGAUUUUGGAAUACCUGUAUUUGCAUA